CCCCACAUAUACUUGCGCUCUCCCUGCCCACCUGAGCCACACCCGCCUGCGACCAGUUCACCCACCGAUCACCUGAAGAUCACAUACUACUCGUCAAUCUUUGCUGGGCAGUUGGCAUCGAUGGCUCCUGCCGGGAACAGGGGCGCCCGCGCGGUCGCGCCGGCGGUGCUCCUCGUGGCGGCGCUGGUGGUGGCGCUGGCGCUGGCGCCGCGGGGCGCGAGCGCGGCGCUGACGUGCUCCACGGUGUACAACGAGCUGAUGCCGUGCCUCGGGUACGUGCAGUCGGGCGGGGCGGUGCCGCGGGCGUGCUGCUCGGGGAUCAAGACGCUCGUGUCCAGGGCGCGCGCCACGCCCGACCGCCGCGCCGCCUGCGCCUGCCUCAAGACCGUGGCCGCCGCCGCGGCGGGCGGGCCGUACCUCGGCCGCGCCGCGGGGCUGCCCGGCAGGUGCGGCGUCCAGCCGCCCUUCAAGAUCGACCCCAACGUCAACUGCAACGCGGUAUAAAUUGAGCACGCAGCUCUACAGCGUGCGGAACAUGCACGGUCGUUAUGCGAUGCCACAAGAUAUACCAUUGUGGAACGUUCUACUGUACGUACGUACGUACCCUGCAGAUGUACUACCUCUGUACAAGUACAAGUUCUCCCAACUAUAAGUAUUUUGGUACAGAGGGAGUACUAUACAUGAGUCGACGGCGGAUAAUCGCGCCAUAUGUCCUUCCAUUAUGUGGUGUUGUGUAAACCAGUGUGUGAUGAGGGAGUUACCUCCUAGGAAUAAUCGUUGGAUUUGGGACUGUGAUCAA